AUGGAUCAAGAAUCAGAAAAACACCUUAUUCAGGAUACUAAGCCAAGAAAGAAGAGUCACCACGUUGAAAGCUUCAGUAUAGAGGACUCUCUUAUCGUAUCUGUGGAGGUAGAUAGCGAGAAGGAAAUUUUGAAAACAGAUAGAGUCAAAGGGAUACUUUUAAUGUCAAUUUCAACAAUCUGUUUUGUGAUGACUAUCAGCUUGUGAAAGUACGCAUAUUUAAUUAACGAAAAUGUGAAUGGACUUGACUAUAUAUUGUUCAGAGGAUCUAUUCUUAUUCUAUUUGCAGGCUGAGAUGUUCUUUGCAGAAGGGUUAAUGUGUUUCGUUUUCCUCAAGAAGUGUACGCAUCAGUUAUUCUCAGGUUCUUUACUGGAGCUAUAGGAAUGGCACUCUACUUUUAUGCAAUAAAGUUCUUACCCAUGAGCCAAGGGAGUGUUAUACUGUGCAUUAAUCCAUUGAUCUCUGCUGUUCUUGCUUAUCUGUUUUUAAAGGAAGUAUUAGCAUGCAGAGACAUCCUUUGUCUCCUCGGUGCUUUUGGAGGUUGAGUCCUCGUAAAUAUAUCCAGGAUUGGUGAAGAAGGAGUCAGUCCUAGCGAAAAUCAUUAUUUUAUAGGGAUAUGCCUUUGCUUUAUAUCAUUACUAUUCAGGUCAACAACACCUGUGACUGUAAGGCAGAUGUCAAAGUAUGUUCAUUCUAUUUUCUCGCCGUUUUAUUUCUCACUUGGCAUGUUUUGUCAUGCAAUGUUUCUUUUGAUAUUCUGCAGAAAGCAUCUACACUUCGAACAUUAUGAUACUACUACUGUUUUGCUAUUCACUGGAAGCACUAUAGCUAACUAUGGAGCUCAAAGUAUCAUGAGUGUUGCAUAUAGCUACGAAAAGGCAACUGUUCUAGCUCCUUUUACCUAUAUUAUUACCUGUGGGCUUCUCCUAAUCGAUUGAGUAUUCUUUGGAUAUGAUUUUAGCCUUUUAUACUUCGUGGGAUUUUGAAUCAUCUUGUUUUGAGUGAUGACACCAUUAUUGAUAAAGAUCAACAAGGAAUAA